AAUUUUCCCGCUGUUUCGUUUAAAACACUAAAAUCAGAUAUUGUUUGCGCGCCCUCACAUAGCCGAUGCCGCUAUCCGCCGCCACAGCCGGCGGCUCACUGCCGCCCGCGCUAGAAGAGGAUCCAUCACCACAAGACGGCGACGGUUACGGCGUUGUUUCACUUGACGAGGAGGGAUUCCCGUCACAGAUCCCUUACAAAGACUCUCCACCAAACACCGCCGGCGAGCGAUCGGCGACAUCAGCAGGAAAGAGCAGCUUCGCCGCUGAUUUCUAUAGCUGCGGUGCCGAUUGGUCCUCGCUGUUGUCGCCGGAGGAUCGCAGACACAGCGGCGGUUUCGGUUCGGUUCAUUCGGCGAAGAAGUUGAAGCAGGCAAAUUUGUUUCAGGUUUGGGGAUUCAAACGAAACGGCGCCGCCGAAUCUGAUUCGGCUUCGUCUAUUGAAUCUUGCAAACCUAACCAAUGUGAUUCUUUUACCGAUGGAGGCGAAAGCGUUGGUUCUUCUGAGAGAAAGAUCGUGAAACCUGAGAAUUUGGGUUCGAUUUUGCGCGAUACGGGGAAAGAGUUCGAGAAAUCAAAAUCUUCUCAUAAGAGAAAGGAAAGCCAUGAAGGAGUUAGAGUGACGCGUACCUGUCCUUUUUAUAAGAAAAUUCCAGGGACAAGCUUCACUGUUGAUGCAUUCCGUUAUGGGUGUAUUGAAGGGUGCUCUGCAUACUUUCUUAGUCACUUCCAUUCCGAUCAUUAUGGCGGCCUUAGCAAGAAAUGGUCACAUGGCCCCAUUUAUUGCUCUCCUCUUACAGGAAGGCUUGUUCAAAUGUGUCUCUCGGUAAAUCCCUUGUACAUCCACCCUUUGGAAUUUAAUGUUGAAUAUGUGGUUUGUGGUGUCAAAGUGACUUUGUUGGAAGCUAAUCAUUGCCCUGGUGCAGCGUUGAUUCACUUUGGCCUCUCAAAUGGGCAAUGUUAUUUGCAUACCGGAGACUUUAGAGCUUGUAAACAAAUGCAAGCUUACCAAACUCUUGUAAAUCAACAUGUGAAUGUCCUUUACUUAGACACUACAUAUUGCAACCCAAAGUACAAUUUCCCUUCCAAGGAAGACGUACUCAAUUAUGUUGUCAAAGUUACAAAGAACCAACUUAAAGUGCAUCCCAAAACUUUGGUGGUUGUUGGAGCGUAUAGUAUUGGCAAAGAGUGUGUAUAUCUUGCAAUUUCUAAGGCUCUUGGGGUAAAAAUUUAUGCAACUGCUUCAAGAAGGAAAAUUUUGCUGGCUUUUGGUUGGUCUGAGCUUUCUGAUAGUCUGUGUAUUAAUGGAAAUAACACAUUUCUCCAUGUUCUUCCCAUGUCAUCUCUCAGAUUGGAGUUUUUAAAGGAUUACAUGAAGACCUACAAGGAAAAAUACACAGCAGUAUUGGCAUUUCGUCCAACAGGUUGGACUUUCAGCGAAAAGAUUCGCAAUGAUCUAGAACUAAUUAAACCUAUUUCCAAAGGAAAUAUCACAAUAUAUGGUGUUCCCUACAGUGAGCACUCCAGCUUCACAGAACUGCGAGGUUUUGUUCAGUUUUUGAGGCCUGAUAAAAUAGUUCCAACUGUGAAUGUCGGAAAUGCGGCUACUCGAGAAAAGAUGCAAUCUUACUUCCGAGACUGGUUGAAGGGUUAACGUCUUCUCUCCCUUCAAGAAAUUUGGGAUUGUAAUAAGAGAUACCCAUUUAAUGAAGAUGGAAUUCGCAGGGGGAAUUCGACAUCUAUUGCAAUCUGCAGAAGGCGAUACAUGGAUUCUUUUGGAAGGUUAGCCAUCACGAUAACAUGUUUGAUCUAAUUGCUGCAACACCUUUUGUUUGUCUGCUUGAAAGAAUAUGGUCCUGCAGGACUUAUAUGAUGAAAAUAUAGGAUGAAAUGUCAUGCCUUCUGAUAUUUGUCUUGUGCGAAGCACUUGCCCAUUUUAUUGAAGAAUCAUAGUUGCUACCUAGUUGGAGGUCACAACUUGAAUGCAGAUUCCCGCCAAGAUUCCUACUAUUUAUUGCAAUUUUUUAAUUUUAAUUUUAUUUUGUACAAGUAAUAUUAGUUAGGUACUUAGGUUCCAUAUGGCUUUGUUACAGCCACAAUAGCUAUUUCUUAUCAUCCUUAUCUAUCAAUGGACAACAUCUUUCAUGAUUGCAUCUUGCAAUCAACCUAUUCCUCUUAAUAUCC